AUGGACACGAAGGUACUGAAACGAACUGGAAUCCUCGGCAUCCAAGUCGUGCAACUGCAACUGCGAUGGAGUGGCCGCCUCCUGAGGAUGCACGAUGAGCGACUGUCCAAACGACGCUUCUACGGAGAUGUCGCUACGGGUGCCCGCCGACAUGGAGGACAAACACACCGCUGCAAGAAUACACUAAAGCUUCCGUUGAAGUGCUUGCAAAUCAAUCCGAAGUCCUGGGGUGGCCUCGCACAGGACCGAUCGGUCCGGAGAAGAACAAUAAAGACUGGAACAACAAUCUAUGAAGCCAAUCUGUCAGCCGCUGUCAAAACCAAAAAGGUGACUCCUAAGCCUCAAGCGUCCCAAUCCACAUCACCAACACCCAGUCACUUCUAACUUGCCAACGCAGUCAACGAAAAUAGCGCACACGGAUCGGCCUCGUUGCACACCCCCGAACCCAGUGCAGCAACAACCCACAAUCCCACCUGCGACCCCCACGAACACCUUCAUCGCCACCCCUGCACCAACCCCCACGAAGACCAUCCCCAUUACACGUGAUCACAGUGUUGAUGCCCCGUCGUCGUCCUCGUCGUCGAUCAUCGCCACUUCCAUCAUCCCUGUGACGACGAUGAUGACGGCUGCCACACGUCUCACCUACGCCUCUGAUGAGAACACUCCCAACGAUCCGUCAGCAAGUACCCUCACCACCUCCGCCCUCACAGCCAGCGAUGCGGACUCGGUUCCCGCCUGUCUUCAUUGCGAUAACCCAUUCACCUGA